AUGGAAGAGGCUAUGCUUCUCAAUCAAACUUUCAUUGUGACAUAUUUUCAGCUUACAGGUUUAUCUGUAAAUCAGAAGGUGCAGAUGGCUGCAUUUUCUGUGUUUCUCCUUUUCUAUGUCCUGACCUUGAUAGGGAACAUCCUUAUUAUCAUAACUAUCAUCUAUGACCGCAGACUCCAUACCCCCAUGUAUUUUUUCCUCAGUAAUCUGUCCCUCAUCGAUGUCUGCCACUCCACUGUCACUAUCCCCAAAAUGCUGAUAGACACCUGGUCAGAAGGGAAGUUCAUCUCCUUCAGUGCCUGUGUGACCCAGAUGUUCUUCCUGCACCUCUUUGCCUGCUCAGAGAUCUUCUUGCUCACUGUUAUGGCCUAUGACCGGUAUGUGGCCAUUUGUAAACCCCUGCAAUACAUGACAGUGAUGAACUGGAAGGUAUGUGCACUCCUGGCAGCAGCCCUGUGGACAGGAGGCACUAUCCACUCAAUAGCCCUGACCUCCCUUACUAUCAAGCUGCCCUAUUGUGGUCCUGAUAAGAUUGACAAUUUCUUCUGUGAUGUCCCUCAGGUGAUCAAACUGGCCUGUAUCGAUACCCACAUCAUUGAGAUCCUCAUUGUCUCCAACAGUGGGCUGAUCUCCGUGAUCUGUUUUGUGGUCUUAGUGGUGUCCUACGCCGUCAUCCUGGUGAACCUGAGGCAGCAGAUCUCAGGGGGCAGGCGGAAGGCCCUGUCCACCUGUGCGGCACACCUCACCGUGGUCACACUAUUCCUGGGACACUGCAUCUUCAUCUACUCCCGCCCAUCCACCAGCCUCCCAGAGGACAAGGUGGUGUCUGUGUUUUUCACUGCUGUCACACCUUUGUUGAACCCCAUCAUCUACACCCUUAGAAAUGAAGACAUGAAGAAUGCCUUUAUCAAGUUAAUGGGGAGGCAGGAGAGAAAAGCAGGAAAAUGA